AUGAUCACUACCCCUUUUGAAUUUAACAAGACCAAACAACUAUUGCAGCUGCAAAACGCACUGUUUCACCCCGACAUCACUAACCAAGACUUAUUCCAUGCUAUUCUCCUCACUGCCAACCAUGCCCUCCAACUCGAAACAGACGAGUUUCCAGACUACAGACUACAAUGUACCUUUGCUUUCAAUACCAUGUUGGCUGAACUCCAAGGAUCUGAUGACAUUCCCAUCUUGUCUACAGUAGGAUAUGCAGCCAUAAUGUUCUACCCAGGAGAAUACGAGCAUAAGCAUAAAAAAUUAAGUUCACAGCAACAUAUUAAGUUCCACACAGCACGAUUAGGAGAAGAGAUAACCAUGCAUGCUGGGAUGCCUUGUCCUAGACUAGGUAGCAACAUGUCCACGCCAAUCAGCUCAACCAGUGAAUCAAGUGAAGACUCUGUUGAAGCUCCGAUUAUUCCAAGCCAUGAGAGGAACAAUCCCUACAAGUUCAACUCACUGGCCUCUGCUCCCGCAAUGGUCAGAAGCAUUCAACCCAUGCUAGCAUAUAGCAUAAUCAAGGAUGUAGAACUAACGGAGAAAGAGGAUUCCCAAGGUUGGAUUGCCUGUACCCUCAUAUGCAGGAUUACCUCUGGGUCUGAUCAACCUGUUUCUCCUACAGGAUUCCAAGCUCAACCAGAAAACAGCCUAUUAUAUUUUCUUCUACCUCCAAUGUUCAUGGCUAUAAUGGCUAAGCUCAUUGAAACAAAAUACGACAAAGCCCAGCAUGCCUUUCUGAUUCUGGAGGACUAUAAUCUCACUAUGCGAAUCGACAAAGGACAUCUCAGCCAAAUAAUUAGGGACCUUACAAGACCUAUGACCAUGCAGUACAAUUAUGCUGCCAGAACCCUAUAUCGUGUUGCCAACAAAAAAGGUUGCACAUUGCUACUGCACCAUCCCAUAUUUCUCCAGGCUAUCCAUGACACCAUCUUUCUCUGUAAAGCCUUUCCAGCCAAAUUCAGUCAGGUCUCAAUGUAUGACAUGCCUCACUUCCCUGCAUCUUUGUUCAUGUUAGAAGACAUUGAGGAUGAAGAAUUCAUUAACACCUCACCUUUUUCUGAUUCUCCUCCUCUACUCAUUGAUUUCAGUAGUCUGGAUGAUGAGGAGGAGGAAAUGUUUUGGUCACAACAAAAGCUUAUAAUGUAUCCUAUGAUGACAGGAAAGGAUGAAGCCAUAAAGGGAAAUGAAACUCAGUCUCCACAAUCAGCCAGGCUGAUGGGUAGGUGGAUCUCCCCUAGUCAAGCCAACAUGGCUCUCACACCAGACCUAGACCAUGUCAAAUGA